UACACUAUUUAACAUGUUGAUAGGACACUUGCAGCUCAGUUAGGAACCAAACUUUUCCCAAAGGUCCUCAGAGAAAACAAAUAUGAUGAAAACCACCUCUGACAACUCCGGCCCAGUGCAGCUACAACUACCGGGCUCCACGUGGACAAUAGACCUCACCGGAGAUUGUACUAAAUCUCACCUGUAGGUGUAAUUAAGCCUCUAAUAUGAUUUAAUCUCUGGGGUUUGGAAACCUCAUACGUUCUAUCUGUGCUGCCUAUCAGCAAGCGGAUGGGACUUUAAACACUGAGCGAGCGCGGCGUUCAGGGAAUGUUCAUUAUUUUUGUUUCUAAUUGGCUGCUGAUAGAAUAAUCCGCAGCAGGUAUUAGUGUUCGGAGGUUGUACCUGCCACGAGGAACACAGAGGCCUUUGUGUCUCAUAUCGAAUCAGAGGAGGCCUUUGGUGUCACUCACAAACAGUUUAAUAAAGCGUGCGCACGACCUUCGAAACCAUGUGUCCUUCCAGUCGUCGGAGCUGGGUCACUGUGGAUGAGAAUUGGGUCACUUUCAGUGUUGACUUUGACGCGGCCGAGUCUCUGCCAGCAGCCAAUGCCCGUUUUCAUUUUUCCAAAACUCCACGAGCUCUUUCACUCGUUCGGGCCCUUCUCUAUUGGGAAACACCAUGGUAACAGUUCUGGCAAGAGCUGACGCACACACACACACACACACACACACACACACACACACACACACUGCUGCUGCUGCUGCUGUACGUACAGUUCUGCACCAGAAUUGGACGAUUGACAAACUGUGUCCUCCACGGCCUCGGGGGCUUCACCAGUUAGAAUUGAGCUCUAUUCCAAAACACGGACACACGGGUCGAACUUUAUUACCAAGCCACUCGAUACCAGCCACAGGAAGAGCCACGGCUCCUCCGAAACACAACGCACAGCCAGAGAGUUGCGGGAGCUGAGGAGUACCGUGGCUUCUUCUGGCUCUGGAUAUUUGGCUUUGAGCAUUUUUAGGGUUGCUUGUUCCUUCAUCCGGCUGCUGAAUUGAGACUUAAGGGCGUUUUGUGAUGAAUUGAUGAAGCAGAUGACCCGACGAAGGACUUUGAAAAGUGUCAGUCCCCAUGUGUCCAUCAUUCUGACUCCAUCCAGCCAGGAUCCAAACCCAGUGUGAGAAACAGAAGACAUCUGUCAGAGACUGUGUGAGGACAGUGAGUGAUUGACUUCCAUCGCCAUCCUCGUUUGUCCGUCUGUGGUGGUUUGUAGUUUUCUCACCAUGGGGAAAACGGGGCAGAGCGCACUGGCCUUAAACUCCUCGACAGAGGUCAAGCAAGCGGUUCCCUUUGAGGAACUGGACCCUGUGGCUCCCCCUGCAGACACAAACAAGAACAAAGAGGAGCUGCCUGACAGAGGAAGCUGGAAGGGGAAGUUUGACUUUCUGCUGUCGUGUGUGGGAUACGCCAUCGGCCUGGGAAACGUGUGGAGAUUUCCUUAUCUUUGUGGCAAGAACGGAGGAGGUGCCUUCCUCAUCCCGUACUUUUUGACUCUGGUGUUUGCCGGGAUUCCGCUCUUUUUCCUGGAGACGUCUCUGGGACAGUUCACGUCAGUGGGAGGGCUCGGCGUGUGGAAACUCCUCCCCAUGAUGAAAGGUGUCGGUCUGGCUUCAGUCGUUCUGUCCUUCUGGCUCAAUAUCUACUACAUCAUCAUCAUUGCCUGGGCUCUCUACUACUUAUUCAACUCCUUUGGUUCGGAGCUGCCAUGGCAAAGCUGUGAUAACCCGUGGAACACAGAGAAUUGUUUUUCCAACUACAGCCUGACAGACACCACCAACCUGACGAGCGCCGUCACUGAGUUCUGGGAGCGUAACAUGCAUCAGCUCUCCGGUGGUCUGGAUGAACCAGGAGAGCUACGUUGGCCCCUGGUCGGCACUCUGGCCCUGGCGUGGGUCCUUGUCUACUUCUCGAUAUGGAAAGGAGUGGAGUGGACGGGGAAGGUGGUGUAUUUCUCCGCCACCUAUCCCUACUUCAUGCUGUUCAUCCUGUUCUUCCGAGGGGUCACGCUACCUGGAGCCAUAGACGGGAUCCUCUUCUACAUCACUCCAGACUUUACCAAACUCACGCGGUCUGAGGUGUGGCUCGAUGCAGCCACUCAGAUCUUCUUCUCCUACGGUCUGGGCCUGGGUUCCCUCAUCGCACUGGGAAGCUACAACUCAUACAACAAUGACGUCUACAAAGACUCCAUCAUCGUGUGCUGCAUCAACUCCUGUACGAGCAUGUUUGCCGGCUUUGUCAUCUUCUCCAUCGUGGGCUUCAUGUCCUACAUCACUAAGAAACCUGUGCAGGAAUUAGCAGCAUCAGGUCCAGGUCUGGCUUUCUUGGCUUAUCCUCAGGCCGUCACUCAGCUGCCCAUGUCCUCCCUGUGGGCCAUUCUCUUCUUCUCCAUGCUCAUGAUGCUGGGUCUGGACAGUCAGUUCUGCACGGUGGAAGGCUUCAUCACGGCUCUGAUGGAUGAAUAUCCCCUGGUGCUGAGGAAGAGGAAGAAGGUCUUCAUCCUGAUCGUCUGCCUCAUCUCCUUCAUCAUCGGCUUCUCCAUCAUCACCCAGGGCGGCCUGUACGUGUUCAAACUGUUUGAUUACUACUCAGCCAGCGGGAUGUGCCUCCUCUUCCUUGUCUUCUUCGAAACCGUCUCGAUAUCUUGGUUUUAUGGAGCUGAAAGGUUUUAUAAGGACAUUGAGGACAUGAUCGGCUAUCGGCCGUGUGGCUGGUGGAAGCUCUGCUGGAUGUUCUUCACACCGCUCAUCUGCCUGGGGGUGUUUACCUUCAGUGCCAUUGAGAUGACUCCUUUGACUCUUGGGAAGUAUGUUUACCCACUGUGGGGCCAAGUGAUUGGCUGGUUCAUGGCUUUGUCGUCUAUGAUACUGAUCCCGGGCUACGUCGUCUACAUGUUCUGCAGGACCAAAGGCAGCAUCAAACAGCGCUGGCAGAAGAUGACAACAUCCCAGGAGGAUGUAAAGCCAUCGGGGCGUGAAGAAUUUACACACACAGGGAGCGUGGGAGAAGCUCCAGUCUAGCCAGGAUUGUUCAGCUCAAAAUAUCCCCACAGCCAUUUUUUACCCUCGUCAAACUGACUGCGGUCGACUCUUUGCUGCCAGUCGAGCAGACGCCGUCUGUUUUUAGGAUGAUGUUUCCACCCCUUCAUCGUACUGUACGUUGUGCCAAAAAUUAUAUUAUAUAUAAUAUACGUAUAUAUUAAUUAAACAUGAAAUAUUUGAUUAUGGCUGUAAAUCUUUGUACAUUUUCUUCACCAUGCGACAAAAAUCAAUUUCUUACUUAGCACAAAUGUAAUGAAUGUUGUUGCACUGAGAAAAUGGAUGACGGAGUGUGUGCAUAAAUGUAAAAUGAGACAUUACAAGUAAUCUUUUUUUCCAUGCUAAUAAAAACCAACAAUAGACUAAAUAACAGCGUCCGCAUUAGUGUCGCGCAGCGUGCGACAGCGUUGUGUCAGGGUAAAUCACUGCCAGUUACACUCCUCACUCUAACUGCUU